AUGGUGUGGGUGCCCUUGGGACCCCCGAGGACUGACUGUCUGACCUUGCUCCGCCCCCCGCCCAACGCCAACUCCCCCAAGAUGUCGCUCGAGUGGCUGGUGGCCUGGAGCUGGUCGCUGGACGGCCUGCGGGACUGCAUCGCCACGGGCAUCCAGUCGGUGCGGGACUGCGACACCACCGCCGUGGUCACCGUGGCCUGCCUGCUGGUCCUGUUCGUGUGGUACUGUUACCACGUGGGCCGCGAGCAGCCCCGGCCCUACGCGUCCGUCAACUCCCUGAUGCAGGGCGCAGACACCAACGGGCUGCAGAACGGGUACGUGUACUGCCAGUCCCCCGAGUGCGUGCGCUGUGCCCACAACGAGGGCCUCAACCAGAAGCUCUACCACAACCUGCAGGAGUACGCCAAGCGGUACUCCUGGUCCGGCAUGGGCCGCAUCCACAAGGGCAUCCGCGAGCAGGGCCGCUACCUCAACAGCCGGCCCUCCAUCCAGAAGCCCGAGGUCUUCUUCCUGCCCGACCUCCCCAGCACGCCCUACUUCUCCCGGGACGCGCAGAAGCACGACGUGGAGCUGCUGGAACGGAACUUCCAGACCAUCCUGUGCGAGUUUGAGACGCUCUACAAAGCUUUCUCAAACUGCAGCCUCCCGCAAGGAUGGAAAAUGAACAGCACCCCCAGCGGGGAGUGGGUCACCUUUUACUUGGUCAAUCAGGGGGUUUGCGUUCCCAGAAACUGCAGGAAGUGCCCACGGACGUACCGCUUGCUCGGAAGCCUUCGGACCUGCAUUGGGAACAAUGUUUUUGGGAACGCGUGCAUCUCCGUGCUGAGCCCGGGGACUGUGAUAACAGAGCACUAUGGCCCCACCAACAUCCGCAUCCGGUGCCACUUAGGUCUCAAAACUCCAAGUGGCUGUGAGCUGGUGGUGGGGGGAGAGCCCCAGUGUUGGGCAGAAGGACGCUGCCUCCUCUUUGAUGACUCUUUCCUGCACACUGCAUUCCACGAAGGUUCAGCGGAGGAUGGACCACGGGUGGUUUUCAUGGUGGAUUUGUGGCAUCCCAAUGUGGCAGCAGCCGAACGGCAGGCCCUGGAUUUCAUCUUUGCUCCGGGACGAUGAGAACAUUUCCUGUGCUGGAGUCGGCGACAGUGGCCGCGGGUCAGCCUGGGCAGACUGGGGUACAGUCCAGCCCCGACCCAUGCUGUGAUUCCAUGCUCUGAAACCUGCCUCACCAGAAAGUUCUUAUUUGGGGUUUUGAGGUCACGUGGGGUCCCUCUUUCCUUUGGUUAUUGUAAAUGGGAAAUUUUCAGCUUGUAUCUCCUUAGAUUUUUCUUUUUUUUCCUUCCAGUCAUUUGCUUCUGCGAUUCCUUUCUGCCUAAUAGCACGUUACUUUGCUCUGUGACCGGGGCUCAGUGCCCUUGAUGUGACUGUCGUCUGUGCUGUGUUGCGUACCUGGUUU